ACAGUUCUGCACACUCCCAUGGGAGGGUAAAAUUCCGUUUUACUUUCUCAAAGACGGAACCAGGAAACUCUUAAUUUUACUGGAAGAGAUUGUUGAGCUGCUUUACGUCUCUGUAAAAUGGCAGAAGCCAGGAUUUCAGUGGCUCAGGAUCAGUUCAGCUGUGUAGUUUGUCUGGGUAUACUGAAGGAUCCAGUGACCAUUCCCUGUGGACACAGUUACUGUAUGAACUGUAUUACAGACUGCUGGAAUCUGGAGGAUCAGAAGGGAGUUUAUAGCUGCCCUCAGUGCAGACAGACAUUCACUCCAAGACCUGUCUUAUGUAAAAAUGUGGUGUUUGCUGAAAUGGUGGAGAAAUUGAAGACAAAACUCCAUGCAGUUGUUCCUGCUCACUGCUACGCUGGACCUGGAGAUGUGGAGUGUGACAAAUGCACUGGAACAAAAUACAAAGCCAUCAAGUCCUGUUUAGUGUGUUUCAACUCCUACUGUCAAAAUCACCUCGAACAACAUGAGAAUUUUUUUAAAGGUAAGAAGCACAACUUGAUGGAUGCCACUGGCAGACUACAGAAGACUGCGAGGAAUAUUGGCUCAAUUCUUCUCACCCAGGAAGAAAACGAAGUACUCUUCAGCCUUCUGGGCAGGAAAUGCAUCAGUUUGUGUUCAGCAGUGGUGCAUGUCUAUGGAGCCGACAGAAGCUUGAAGAAGUGCAGUGGUGUGGCCUGUCUGGUGAAAGACUGCCUUUACAGAUCUUACUUUAUCAGGGUGUUUGAUAUAAAAGAGGGAAAAAUCUUGUUUGAUCAAGAUUUGAUCAGCAACUUUUCAAUAAACAGCUCCAGGUCUGACUUUAUCACAUUUGAUGGAGAUGUGUACCAGUUAAGUCUCAAUUUUGUCAGUGAGGAGGAAGCCAAGCACUUCAGGUCUGCAGCUAAUGAAUUUCUGUCCAAAAGAAUGAGGAAAACCGGAAAAAGAUGUGACCCACCUAAUAGACCAUUAGGACUGUCAGGACCAAUACUUCCAAUGGCAAUGGUGGACUUGAAAAACCAUGAGAUCAUCAAUCAGCGUUAUCGAAAUAAACCUCGAAUGAAGAAAAUAUGUAAAGCUAUUAUCAGCACCCCAAACAAUUCUCAGCACAUUGGGCAUGUAGGAUGGGAUCCCAACACAGGCUUUGAUUUGAAUAACCUGGACCCAGACCUAAAGAAACUGUUUGACAUGUGUGACAUUUCUGUGGCCCAGCUCAAAGACAAAGAGACAUCUAAGAUCAUUUAUGACUUCAUUGAGAAAAAAGGAGGAGUAGAGGCUAUAAAAAUAGAACUUCGCCAACAAGAAAAAAAACGUGAUACACCUAAUGAGGAGGCAACAUCUUCAAGGCAAAACCUUAGACCUUCCAAUGAUGCAACAUCAUCCAAUGUUAAACAUCACCCUCAGGAGGCACUUGAGGCCCAGUGCCCAAUAUGCACAGGAUCAUUUCCAGUUUCAGAAUUAGAAUUGCAUGCCAGCUUUUGUGGAGAAAGUCCAGAUGGAGCGACAGAAAAACUACCAUGCUCUGAUUUGGAUCAUAUCUCAUGUGAGGAUGAUGUAAUUCGUCAUGCAGCAUCACAGAUAAACACCACAAAGACUUUUGAAAUCUGUGUGUCACGAGAUAACAUGGUUGAGAGAGGUCUGAAGCUGUGGAAACGUCAAAAAACAGGAACCGCUAACAAUCCCUUGAAAAUCACCUUCCUCGGAGAGCCAGGAGUUGACACAGGGGAACUGAGGAAAGAAUUUCUUUCCACAAUGGUUGCUGGGAUUGAAAAACGUCUCUUUGAAGGUGAUGCGAAGAAAGGAAAAAUGCCUAAGUACUCCUUCAAUGAUCUGGAUAAUGAGCUGUUCAAAGUUGCAGGUGAAAUAUUUGCUGUGAGCAUUGCCCAAGGAGGACCAGCACCACGGUUUAUGCAGGAGUGGUGUUACGAAUACCUUGUUACUGGUAACAUUAAAAGGGAUGGUGUACAUGACACAGAGAUAUCACCACUAAUCAAAAUGAUUGAAGAUGCAUCUGACCUGUCAAACUACACAAAAGAAAUCCUGGACUGUGGCUACACUGGACCCAUCAACACUGACCACAAGGAAAGCAUAUUAAGAGCUCUUGCUCUACAUAUUACAACAAAACGCAUCCCAAUGCUGCAACAACUGCGUGAGGGCCUUAAGAUAUACGAUCUUAUCAAAGUCAUGCAGAGAAAACCAAAAGAGUGUCACAAUCUCUUUGUCAUAGGAUGUAAUGACAAAGUUGACUCCCAUUAUAUUUUAUCCCACCUGGCCCCAGAGAUGAGCCCAACUGGUUCGAUUAAACAAGUGAAAGAAUCAAAAAUCAUGGAAUUCUUUCAAGAUUUCCUACUUGAACUUGAAGACACACAACCAGAAGAUGAGGCAUCAGGAGAAACCUUGUCUGAACCAAAGAUAAUGCAGUGGAUGACUGGGCAAGCUCACAGGCAUCUGCUUGUAUCAGAAAGGGAGAAAUUUAAAAUAGUUAUUAAAUUUGACCAUUGCUGUCUACAGCGCCUGCCAAACCACACUGUGUGUUACCCAGUUGUCAGUGCUUGCACCAAUACCAUAACAUUUCCCGUAGUCCAUAUGGUAGAUUAUGAGUCUUUCAAAACACUCUUGCAAACUUCUGUUGCAUAUGGGCCAAGCUUUGACAGAAAGUAGCAAAUUUGCUGGAAUUGUCUACCGUAGAAAACCAGUUCAUUGAUUCAUGUAUUAUUUCAAAGCAUUAUUUCUUACAAUGUUCAUUCUUUACUUUACUUUUUGGAAUGUUUUUAAAGGGAUAGUUCACAUAUACCAAAGCAUUACUUCUUACGAUGUUCACUCUUUACGUACUUUACUAUGUGGAAUGUUUUUAAAGGGAUAGUUCACGUAUACCAAAGCAUUAGUUCUUACGAUGUUCACUCUUUACGUACUUAUGUUGAAUGUUUUUAAAGGGAUAGUUCACGUAUACCAAAGCAUUAGUUCUUACGAUGUUCACUCUUUACGUACUUUACUCUGUGGAAUGAUUUUAAAGGGAUAGUUCACCUAUACUAAAGCAUUAGUUCUUACGAUGUUCACUCUUUACGUACUUUACUAUGUGGAAUGUUUUUAAAGGGAUAGUUCACGUAUACCAAAGCAUUAGUUCUUACGAUGUUCACUCUUUACGUACUUUACUAUGUGGAAUGUUUUUAAAGGGAUAGUUCACGUAUACCAAAGCAUUAGUUCUUACGAUGUUCACUCUUUACGUACUUAUGUUGAAUGUUUUUAAAGGGAUAGUUCACGUAUACCAAAGCAUUAGUUCUUACGAUGUUCACUCUUUACGUACUUUACUCUGUGGAAUGAUUUUAAAGGGAUAGUUCACCUAUACUAAAGCAUUAGUUCUUACGAUGUUCACUCUUUACGUACUUUACUAUGUGGAAUGUUUUUAAAGGGAUAGUUCACGUAUACCAAAGCAUUAGUUCUUACGAUGUUCACUCUUUACGUACUUUACUAUGUUGAAUGUUUUUAAAGGGAUAGUUCACGUAUACCAAAGCGUUAGUUCUUACGAUGUUCACUCUUUACGUACUUUACUAUGUGGAAUGUUUUUAAAGGGAUAGUUCACGUAUACCAAAGCAUUAGUUCUUACGAUGUUCACUCUUUACGUACUUUACUAUGUUGAAUGUUUUUAAAGGGAUAGUUCACCUAUACUAAAGCAUUAGUUCUUACGAUGUUCACUCUUAACGUACUUUACUAUGCGGAAUGUUUUUAAAGGGAUAGUUCACGUAUACCAAAGCAUUAGUUCUUAUGAUGUUCACUCUUUACGUACUUUACUCUGUGGAAUGUUUUUAAAGGGAUAGUUCAUGUAUACCGUACACUCUCUUUAUAAACUUUAAUCUGUUGAAAUGUUUUUAAAGGAAUAAUUAACAUAUACCAAAGCUUUAGUUAUUACAAUGUUCACUCUUUAAUUUACUGUUUGGAAUGUUUUUAAAGGGAUAGCUCAUCCAAAAAUUAUUCAUUAAUAAGUCAUUAAUUACUCACCCUCAUGUGUUCCAUGAUUGUAAAACUACUCUAUGAAUUAAGCGCUUUAGUCCAAAAUUUUCUGAAGAGACACGAUCGCUUUAUAUGAACAGAUUGAAUUUAGGCUUAUAUUCACAUGUAAACAUUUAUCAACUCAUAAAUCAGUUGUAUAAACAGAAGCUCAAGAAUGUUUGUUUGAUGCAUACGAGAGCCAAUGAGGUUCAUUCUUGUGUUAUGCAGCACAUUUAAGCUUCCACAAGAGGUUUGUUCUCGCGUAUCAAGCAGGUUCAGUUGAGCUUCUGUUUAUGUUCACUGAUCAAUGAUUAAAUGUGAAUAAAAGCCUAAAUUCAAUCUGUUCACCAUAUAAAGCCAUCGAGUCUCCUCAGAAAAAUUUGAACUAAACCACUCAAUCCAUAUGGAUUAUUUUUACAAUCUCUUCAUGAACUUUUUGAAGCAUCAAAGUGGUAGUUGUGUAGCUGUCAAUGGAGGGACCGUAAGCUCUCAGAUUUUAUAAAAAAAAAACCACAAAAAAAAACACGAGGGUGAGAAAAUUACAGAAUUUCCAUUGUUUGGGUGAACUAUCCCUUUAAACGCUAAUGUAAAUUGUAUUUGCUGUACAAAAAAAAAAAAAAAAAAUUCCUUGUGGUGGGAGCCAUGAACAAGUUCUUGUGAAAAACAAGUACCUUAUUGCAUAACACAAUUUAUUUUUCAUGUUUUCUCAUUGAAUCAGUUACCUUAAUAAAUCAAAAUCAACUGAAUAAAUUACAUUUGAGA